AUGGUUCCAAAACGCAAGAAGUCAACUGUAGCCCUGCAGCAGGAUGAACAGCAGGAACUCCCCAUUGCUACUCCUAGGAGAUCAGGACGUAUUGUGAAGAAGCCGAGCGAGGUGUUGCAGUCCGAUGCCGAGUCUAGCAAGGAGGUUUCACGCACAGGGCUGACUCAAGCGAGAGGCAAAAAGAAAAAGAUGCUGGGAGAUGCAGAGGACGUAGGUGAGGCUAUUGAUAGCCUCCGUGAGAUGGAGGAUAACUUUCGCGAUGCUGUUAAGCGGCAGAAGUUAGCAUUGGACAAAAGUUCAUUGCAAGGAACUCUAAACACGGCAGAUGAAGACAACGCCUUCAUCCCGCGGCCGACUAAGGCUGAGCCAGACUCGAUUCUUACGCAAUCCGAGAAAAAGCUACUCAGGAAGGCGGCUAUGAUGAAGGAUGGGGUCAACGAGGCCGAACGAGAUAACGGUGUGUGCGAGGGUAGAGAGGAAGGUGAUCUAGAGGAACCCGAUAUCAAUGCCUUCAAGCAAGAGGGCUCUCGGCCACCUCCCGUUCACAGUGAUUAUCUUCCCUUGCCAUGGAAGGGUAGAAUAGGCUAUGCUUGUCUAAACACAUACCUUCGAAAUUCAAACCCGCCGGUGUUCAGUUCGAGAACCUGCCGAAUAUCCUCUAUCUUAGAUCACCGUCAUCCUCUUCGAGAUCCAACUCAACCCGAGCACCCGACCAAAAACCGACCAGACAAGGACCAACCAGCCGACGUAGCUAGGGGUAGAAAAUAUGUCGAAGCUCUCGGUCUCGCAAACGCGCGUGACAUUGUCAAGAUGGUACGAUGGAAUGACAAAUACGGUAUCAAGUUCAUGCGCCUAAGCUCAGAGAUGUUCCCCUUUGCGAGCCAUGAAGAGUAUGGCUAUAAGCUAGCACCAUUCGCUUCUGAAGCACUCGCGGAGGCCGGGAAAGUUGCGGGAGAGCUUGGUCACCGGCUAACCACCCAUCCUGGACAAUACACCCAACUAGGAUCGCCUCGACCAGAGGUCGUCAGAAACGCGAUUCGUGAUCUCGAAUACCACAACGAGAUGCUUACACUUCUACGAUUGCCUAAACAACCCGACAAAGACGCCAUCAUGAUCCUGCAUAUGGGUGGAGUAUUUGGGGACAAGGGGGCUACGCUUGAUCGAUUUAGAAAGAAUUAUGCCGGCCUAUCACCAGGUGUCAAGGCAAGGCUUGUUCUGGAGAAUGACGAUGUGUCCUGGACGGUGCACGACCUGCUCCCAAUUUGCGAGGAGUUGAACAUUCCGCUCGUUCUUGACUAUCAUCAUCAUAACAUUCUAUUCGACAAAGACAAGAUUCGCGAAGGAACUAAGGAUAUUGUGGAGCUUUACCCACGAAUUAAGGCGACCUGGGAUAGGAAAGGUAUCACGCAAAAGAUGCAUUACAGCGAACCUUGCUCUGAAGCCAUCACCCCUCGACAGAGACGAAAGCAUCGACCUCGCGUUAUGACCCUACCUCCAUGCCCGAACGAUAUGGACCUAAUGAUCGAAGCGAAGGAUAAGGAGCAAUCUGUAUUCGAUUUAAUGAGGAACUUCAAAUUGCCAGGAUGGGAUCGCUUCAACGACGUGAUCCCAUACGAGCGGGAAGAUGAGAAUAGACCACCUCCUAAGUUGCCAAAAAAGAAACAGCGCAAGAAUAAGAAGGCGGAUAUCGAUGAUGAGGACGGAGAGCCGGAAGAGGGACCUCAGCCGUUGCCCGAGGUUCCGGAGUCAGAAUUCGGGAUGGGCGGCCCUGAUAACCGGGUUUAUUGGCCUCUCGGCAUGGAAGAAUGGCUCCGCCCGAAGAAGAGGGAGGUCAAGAAUAAGAAAAGAAAUGGUGAUGAAAUAGAGGAUGACUAA